AUGAAUUUCAAUAGUAAUAUACAUCAAUCACCAGUGCAUCUAUCGAAUAGUGUAAACUAUAGUAUCAAUCAUAAUAACGGCCAACUAUAUCACCUCGAUCAAAAGGAUACAGAGAUUAACAAUUCAAGUUACAGUUUCUCUCAAAUUCAUGAAAAUGAUGAAGCUGCUAUUGUUAUUUUAAAUGAACCAUCAUUGGCACAAUGGAUGGGAUCAAUUCAUCCAAAUGGAUCACUCUAUGAAGAACCAUUAGAUCUUUCAAAAGCUCAAGAUGAACAUCAACAAUUCCGUCGUUUACUUGAAAAGGAAGGAUGUAUUGUAAAGACUGUUAGAGAUAUCUUAACUUCUGGAACUGGAGAUAUUGCCAAAAGAGUAUUAUUGGAGGAUUUUGCAUUCAAAUGUAUGAAAUAUGAAUUGGCAGCUGAACAAAGAUUGGAUGAAUUGGGACUCAAAGACAAGGAAUUAUUGUCAGAUGAAUAUAAAAAGAGUUGUAUCGAUUCAAUGAGUGUAGAACAAUUGGUAGAGGUUAUUCUCACUCGUCCAACUAUUAAACUUCGUAAAUCUGAAAGAGAUACUGAAUUACUUGCUACUGAAUAUUCAUUCCACCCAUUAGUAAAUUUAGUAUUCCAAAGAGAUCAACAAAUUACAACAGCAAAGGGAAUAGUUAUGGCAAGUUUAAGUUCACCAAUUAGAUCACCAGAGGUAGAGUUGAUGAAACUUUGUUUCAAGUUACUCGAUCUGCCAGUGUUGGGUGAGAUUCCCGCACCUGGCAAGUUGGAGGGUGGUGAUUUCUAUCCAAGUGGACGUGGACUUUGUUUUAUUGGUGUUGGAUUGCGUAGUAAUUUCCACGCUGUCGACUAUCUUAUGCGUAAUGAUUUAUUGGGUACUACACGUGUCGCAGUGGUCAAAGACUACUUUGAUCUCAAUCAACAACGUAUGCAUCUCGAUACAGUGUGCAAUAUCAUCAACGAACGUGUCAUGUUGAUUUUGGAAGAUAUUUGUGGUGAGCAAUCACCCAUUCGUCGUUUGGUCGACGAGUACACACGCGACCCACACACUGGUGUCUACACAUUGUCGCGCCACGACAUUGAAUACUCGCGCUAUCUUCGGGAGAAUGGCUACGAGUUGGUCUUUGCCACCGACCAGAAUCAAAAGGACUAUGGCUGCAACGGACUCAACAUUGGUAAGGGUAAAUUCAUUGUGGUCGAUCAGGCGACCGCCAAGACGAUUGCACGUGCCCUUAAAUCGACGGUCAAGCUCCUCUAUGUCGAUUUUAGAACCGUCACCAAGAUGUAUGGGUCGGUGCACUGUUGCUCGCAAGUGGUCAGUCGUCGCACACCACAAACUUUUAUCUCCCCACCCUUGUCGGUUGCCCAUACACCAAACUUGCACGGUACCCAACAACUUCCCAACCCCGAGGCUGCAGUCCACCAUGUCAGCCAACCUUACAAAUACACAUCCAAUAUUGUCCCCGUGCAAACAGCCAAUCGCGUGUUGAUGGUUGCACCAACCUACUUUGUCAAUGCAAAGAUUGGUAGCGACCUUAUCAACGCCAGUGUCGUGCGUGAGACUAGACAACGUGUACUUGAAGAGUACGCCCUACUCCACCAACACCUCCGUUCACAGGGUGUCGAGGUCCACCUCUUUUGUCAUGAACCCUACCAAAAGACCCCAUCUGCCGUGUUUGUCGGUCAAUGGUUCUCGACACAUUCAGCAGCCGAGCUUGGUGCCAAGCACGACACACUCGUCCUCUACCCCCUCUCAACCAUCGAAAAGCAGCGCCAGCGCCGUCGCGAGAUUAUCGAACAUGGACUCUCCCACUACACACGUGUCAUUGAUCUCACUGCCUGCGAACAAGGUCAAAUCACAGCUCGUGAAACCACCAUUGCCGAUAUCCUCGCCACUAUCCCAACCCUCGGCGAGAAUGGAUAUUAUUAUAGCGGAUCAACUUAUCCAGAGAUUGCUCCAUCCACCCCAACCUCUCCUCAACAAGGUGGCAAUUCAAACAAUCAUACCACCAACGCCACCUCUGCAGCAGCAGCUGCUGCAACAGCCACUGCCAACAGUCUCUCAAAGCAUUUGGAAUUCCCCAACCUUGUUUUGGAUCGUGUCAACAAGGUAGCCUUUGUCAACUUGUCUGGUGAAAAGGCCUCCAACGAGAGUGUAGCCGAUUUGUGGGCCAUGUCACUCGACUAUAAGCUCGUCAAGGUCAAUGUCAAGACCAACACCUCUCUUUCACAAUCUGUUUUUAUUGGUCACAAGUUUGCCGUCUUGUGCAAGGAAGCAUUCGACGUUGACGAGGCACAAACUAUCUAUGACCAUUUGAUCAACAGUGGCAAGCGAGUCAUCCUCGUCAAUGCCUCUCAAAUGUCCAAACACUGCACCAUGCUUUCAGAAGUAUCCAACACUGAUCACACCAAAACCACUCUUCUCAUGACUGAAGGUUCACUUUCCAAUCUUUCAGAUACUCAAAUCGAAGAAUUGGAAUCAACCGUUGACAAAAUCAUUAAUAUUAAUAUGUCUGUUUUUGAAGAAAAUGGUGGUAAAGGUAUUACUUAUAUGUUGGGUGGUUUAUUCUAA